AUGUCUGAAACAAGUAUUCUGUCUGAAGCUCUUCCACAAGUAAGACCGCAGAGGGAGACUGAGGCCAAGGGGUCUUCUCCAAAGGAAGAAGUCCUUCCCAAGGACAUGCCUGUUGUGAAUGUUAAGGACAUUAUGAUGUAUGCAGAGAAUAUGGAUAAGCUGGAGAGCAAGAAGCUGAUUCCAUAUGUUGUUUAUUUGGACGAACAGUUCAAGGAGAUUGUAAAGAAGAGAAGGCAGGAUGCCAAGGUUGUUCUUAUACUUUAUAUAGUUGUCAUGUCCAUAUCUGUUAUUGGGCUGGUUGUGUGUGGGAUCAAACUCUUUGGGUAUUUGCUGGGGAAGGAAUGA